CUCUACAACACAUAACCUCAAAGUUAAGUGAAGUGAAACAAUAAACAAAACAUCCCGAGCAGGAAACAAAUCCUGCAGAAUUCCUCAAAAUGAAUCCUCUAACGAAUAUGAAAAAUGUGCUGAAGCUCAGCGAAAAUGACCUGAAAGGCGGCUCUAGUUGGCAUGAUCAGUACCGGAAUAGCGCAUGGAUAUUCGUCGGGGGGCUUCCGUAUGAUCUCACGGAGGGUGAUGUGAUUGCUGUGUUCUCCCAGUAUGGAGAAAUUGUAAAUAUCAACCUGGUGCGGGACAAGGUGACGGGGAAACAGAAAGGAUUCUGUUUUCUCUGCUACGAAGAUCAACGUUCAACCAUCCUUGCUGUGGACAAUUUAAAUGGGAUUAAGUUGCUGGGAAAGACGCUGAGAGUGGAUCAUGUGAGUGACUACAAAGCUCCCAAGGACAAUGACAAAAUGGACGAGGAAACGCGACUCCUUCACAUGGAAGGAUGCGCUCCAAAGCCCCAGAUUCCCGUUGAGAUGCUCAAGAAGGAACACGACGCUCCGCCACAAGUGCCCGAGAAGCAGGAAUUCAGCGGAAAGAAGGUGAAGAAGGAGAAGAAAGCAAAGAAAUCCAAGAAAACCAAGAAACGAAAGAAGCGCAAAUCUUCAUCUGAAUCCUCCGAAUCCAAUUCCUCCGCCAGUGAUGAUUCCGAACCAGAGAAGAGACGAAAGAAAAAAUAAUUCCUUUUUUUCUUUAACAUUUAAUGAUAUUUCUCUAUUUUUCUCUCCUCUAAAACAUUUCUUGGAAUAAAUUGUUAAUUUCUAAACACAAGAAGAAA